AGUAAAUCAUUUCACAAAAGGUAGCAGCACAAGCGGACACCACGCCCUACGUGUGACGUAGCCACGUACGUACACGGACGUAUUUGAGUUGCAAACUUAGGGGUGGUUGCUGUGUUUUUACUAGAGUGCUGUCAACCUCGUACAUUGCAUCUUAAAGUCUGUCAAGAUGGUGGUGCUUUCUAAAGAGUACGGAUAUGUGGUUUUAACUGGUGUUGCCAGCAUGGUGAUGAUUGGACAUCUGGCUGUGAAAGUUGGCCUGGCCCGCAAGAAGUACAAUGUGCAGUAUCCUCAGAUGUACAGUGAUGAUCCAGAAACUGGAAACAUUUUCAACUGCAUCCAGCGUUCACACCAAAACACCCUGGAGGUCUACCCCGCCUUUCUUUUCUGCCUGGCUGUUGGUGGUUUGCAUUCUCCUCGUCUCGCCAGUGGACUUGGGGCUGUAUGGAUUUUAAGCAGGGAGGUGUACGCACAUGGGUACUCUUCAGGAGAUCCUAAAAAAAGAGGGCGAGGAGCGUUUGGGGGCGUGGCUUUCCUCGGGUUGAUGCUGACCACUAUCAACUUCGGCCGUCACCUGCUUGGCUGGACCGGACCACGGAUGGGCUCCUUCCGUCAAGCUAACUGUUGCUAGUAAGGACAGAGUCUUCAGGAUGGGCUCCCUCUGUGACCUUAUAAUCAAAGCCACCCUACAUAACCCACAUACCCUGCAACGUGUGUGCUAACCUCUGACAUGUGGCCUGACAGGUUCUCCAGGGAGGGGAUAAUGAUAAUGUAUGUGGUGCAUUCACUCAUCAGCACUCCCACAACAUACAUGACCUGUCAGUUUGUCUUGAUAGCAUUUUCACCUGCAGCCUGAUUUUGAAAUUUUAAGUUAGUUGGCCACCUGAAUAUUCAUAAUAUAUGUUUUUUGUUUUUUUCAAUAAAAAAAUAAAGAUGCUGCUGUAGUAAUAUAUUAGUCUUAUGCCUGAUGGACUUUGUGAUUUAGGUUUGCAUUUGCUUAGCUGAAAAAGCCAGAUUUUGUACUUGAAUGAAAAACUGAAAAUGAUUAAUCAAAAGUAUAAACUCCAAUAUUCCAGA